CUCGCAUGAACUAUCAUGGAAGUAACCCCCGCAACAGGAACGGACAACCACCAACCUCCCUCGACACCUCCUUUAUAUUGCGACGCCACGACUUGGAGAGGAAAGGGGGCUGCGAGAAUGGCGAACGCGAGGGCGUCGAGGGAGGCGGCAGCCUGGCGGUGCGGGAAGCACCCGAAGCACCGGCAGUCGACCGGCGUGUGCUCGCUCUGCUUGACCAAGAAGCUCUCCCGGCUGUCCAGCGGCGAUUACCUACGCGGCUCGGCCGGCGCGAACCGGCGGUACUCCUGCUCCACGUCGCCGUCGUCCUCGUCCUCCCUGUCGUCCUACCACUCGUCCUCCGGGUCGUCCUCGUGCGCGAGCCCGGUCGUCCACCACCGCCACGGCCGGUUCGCCCACGAGGCGAGGUCCGGGCCGGUGUCGAUGCUCUUCGGGGGCAAGGGCGUGCUCAAGAAGAGCCGGUCCGCCGCCUUCGCGCCGAAGACGGGGCCCGGCGGGGAUCGCGCCAAGGGAGAGAGGAGCAAAGGCGGGUUUUGGUCCAAGCUGAUCCCCGCGAGGAGGAAGAGGAAUGAUGGAGCAGAAGGUGGUGGUGACAUGAUGCGCUUGAAGCACUCCUCGACGCUGAGGGAGAGGGUGGCCGUGUAAUAUAUAAGGUUCAUAUCGAUUGGUGCAUGAAGCAUUUUCAUGAAUUUUUUUUCUUUUAAUUUUUCUUCUUAGAAAUUGAUUAAGAUUUGUAGAUCUACACGAGGAGAAAGGAAAGGAGGGAUGGUUAUACCAAAAGGGGAAAACCAAUGCACACACCCAAAUAAAGGGAGGUUUUCCCUUGUUGAUUGUAAAUUAAUUAGGUUGUAUUACUGCUUAAUUGAAGGAAUUUUAAUUAGCAGAAGACCUUUACCAAA